AUGAACAUGUAUUUGAAUCUUUUUGCUGCAACUCUUUUUGUUUUGCUUUUAGUCCAACGUGAUGUAUCUCUGGCAACGGUGGAGAGGAUAGAUAAUCAGAAAAGUACUUACAUAGUCCAUGUGGCGAAAUCUGAAAUGCCAAUAAUCUUCAAUCACCAUUCAAAUUGGUACAAGUCAAUUUUGAAGUCAAUAUCUACCUCCGAAGAAACGCUCUACACCUAUGAGAAGGCGAUCCAUGGAUUCUCAGCUAGAUUAACAAAAGAAGAGGUUCAGUUACUAAGAAGUCGAGCUGACAUUCUAGAGGUGCUACCAGAGAAAAUAUACACGCCAUUGACAACUCGAUCACCACAUUUCCUUGGUCUUGACAAAAGGGCUGACAAGGUCCUUGAGUCAAAUGGAGGAAGUGACGUUAUUAUAGGAAUCCUCGACACUGGUAUUUGGCCCGAAAGCAAGAGCUUUGAUGAUGCCGGACUUGGACCCAUCCCCAGCAAAUGGAAAGGACAAUGUGAAUCAAGUGCUGAUUUUAACGCCUCAAACUGCAAUAAAAAGCUGAUAGGAGCUAGAUCCUUUUCAAAAGGGUACGAGGCCUUGGGGGGUCCCAUUGAUGGAACCAAAUCACCGCGAGACACUGACGGCCACGGCACCCACACUGCAGGCACAGCUGCAGGGGCUGCAGUGGAAGGUGCAAAUCUAUUCGGGUACGCUUCUGGUAUAGCACGUGGAAUGGCCUUACAUGCUAGAAUCGCCGCGUACAAGGUUUGUUGGCCAAUGGGUUGUGCUACUUCUGAUAUAGUUGCUGCCAUAGAUGCAGUCAUCUCAGACAACGUUGACGUCCUUUCAAUAUCACUUGGAGGUGGAGCAGGCAAUUACGACAGAGAUGGCAUUGCAAUUGGAUCCUUUGCAGCGUUGGAUCAUGGGAUUGUAGUUUCUUGUUCUGCAGGAAACAGUGGUCCCAGACCCUCUUCUAUCAACUACAAUACAGCACCUUGGGUUAUCACUGUGGGAGCUGGCACACUCGAUCGUGAUUUUCCAGCGUAUGUUGCCCUUGGGAACGGGCAUAUUUAUUCUGGUAUGUCCAUUUAUAGUGGCAAGUCUUUGCUCGAUCCCACUCCAUUCAUACACGCAAGGAAUGCAAGCUUGAAAGAAGGUGGGGAAAUGUGUCUAAUGAACUGCUUAGAUCCAAAAAAGGUUAAAGGGAAAAUUGUGUUCUGUGAACAGGGAAAUACUUCUGCAGUAGAGAAAGGGUUUGUGGUGAAAUCUUUGGGCGGUGUGGGGAUGGUGCAUAGAGUAGAAGAUGGAGAGGAACUAGCGGUACAAGCCCAUUUUUUGCCAACAGCUAUCGUGGGUAUAGAAGCUAUAGAUGACAUCCAAAAGUACCUGUGGUUUCAUCCUAAGCCUGUGGCUAGGAUUGUGUCUCAGGGAACGAAGGUUGGAAUUAAGCCGUCGCCGAUGGUUGCAGAGUUUAGCUCUCGUGGCCCAAAUCAAAUUACACCAGAGAUAUUGAAACCUGACUUAAUUGCACCAGGUGUCAACAUUUUAGCAGCAUGGACAGGGUUUAGAGGUCCCUCUGAUUUAGAUCAAGAUAGAAGACAUGUAGACUUCAACAUCAUCUCAGGCACGUCCAUGUCAUGCCCUCACCUCAGUGGUUUAGCAGCUUUGAUUAAGUCAGUUCAUCCAAAUUGGAGCCCAGCUGCAAUUCGAUCUGCAUUAAUGACCACAGCUUAUUCCACCUACACCGAUGGUAAAAAGAUAAUAGAUAGUGCCACAAAGAAUUCGUCCACACCGUUUGCUAUUGGGGCCGGUCAUGUGAACCCUAUUGCUGCGCUUAAUCCAGGACUUGUCUAUGAUUUGAAGGUGAAUGAUUAUCUCGACUUCCUUUGUGCCUUGAAAUACACACCCAAAAGUAUUGAGACUGUGACAAGGAGGAAGUACCAGUGCAAUGCACACAAACACUACUCUGUCACCGACCUAAAUUACCCUUCAUUCAGUGUUGUUUAUAAACCAACAAAAGGUGGUAAACGAGCAAGAAUUGUUAAACACAGACGGACUCUUACCAAUGUGGGGCCUGCAGGAACGUACAAAGUAUCAGUUACGUCAGAUAUCCCAUCUGUCAAAAUCCAAGUUGAGCCAAACGUGUUGAGCUUCAAGCAAGAUGAGAAGAAGUCAUAUACAGUGACAUUUACAGCAUCAGGUCCACCCCCGUCAAGUGGUUUUGGUUUUGGCCAUUUGGAAUGGUCAAAUGGAAAAAAUGUUGUCGGAAGUCCUAUCUCGAUAACAUUUUAG